AUAUCAACUCUCACUAAACCUCUUCUCUUCCCAAAAUACCCCUAAUGGCAUCCAUGGCCACUGCAUCUCUCGCCACUUCCCUAUCUUCAACUCCCAAAUCCUCAUUCUUCAAUGGAAGACCAAUUGCUACCCGCACCUCCACCAUCAUCAAAUCCACCCCCCAAAAAAUCACCAUGUCACUAACCACACCCCCUUACGAUAUAAACACCUUCAAAUUCGCACCCAUCAAAGAAUCCAUCGUCUCUCGUGAAAUGACCCGUCGUUACAUGACAGACAUGAUCACCUACGCCGACACCGACGUCGUCAUAGUCGGUGCCGGUUCCGCCGGUCUUUCCUGCGCUUACGAAUUAUCCAAAAACCCAAACAUCAGUAUUGCCAUCAUCGAACAAUCCGUCAGCCCUGGUGGUGGUGCAUGGCUCGGUGGCCAGCUCUUCUCCGCCAUGGUUGUACGCAAACCAGCCCACCUCUUCCUCGACGAAAUCGGUGUUGAAUAUGACGAACAAGAAGACUACGUUGUCAUCAAACACGCUGCUCUAUUCACUUCAACCAUCAUGAGCAAGCUUCUUGCAAAACCUAAUGUAAAACUUUUCAAUGCUGUUGCUGCUGAGGAUUUGAUUGUGAAGGAAAACAGAGUUGCUGGUGUUGUUACAAACUGGGCUUUGGUUUCGAUGAACCAUGAUACACAAUCUUGCAUGGAUCCUAAUGUUAUGGAAGCUAAGGUUGUUGUGAGUUCUUGUGGACAUGAUGGUCCUUUUGGUGCUACUGGUGUUAAGAGGUUGAAGAGUAUUGGCAUGAUUGAUCAUGUUCCUGGAAUGAAAGCACUUGAUAUGAAUACUGCUGAAGAUGCUAUUGUUCGUCUUACAAGGGAAGUUGUUCCUGGUAUGAUUGUUACUGGUAUGGAAGUUGCUGAAAUUGAUGGUGCCCCAAGAAUGGGUCCAACAUUUGGGGCAAUGAUGAUAUCAGGACAGAAAGCUGCACAUUUGGCAUUGAAGGCAUUGGGGAGGAACAAUGCAAUUGAUGGAACAUGUGAAUCUGCAAGUGAACCAGAGCUUAUUUUGGCUUCUGCUGAAUCACAGGACACUGUUGAUGCUUAAGUUUACAAUUAAGUGGAUUUAGUUUUUAGUUGUUUGGAUCUACAGUUUAAUUUUAGAUCCUGCAUGUGGUUUGGAUUCAAUAAUGAAUAAAGAAAAUGUGAAUGAGGUGACUGUAUUUUCAUCUAUGUUUAGUCAAACAAAUUGGAAGGACAAUUAGUAGAUGAAAUUGAAUGUAUGAA